AUGUGGUUUAGUGGUCAAGCUCUUGCUUUACAGGCAUGGAGCUACUAUUUCCAAAACAAAUACGGCCUCACAUCACUGAGCACAGACUUACAAGCACUUAGAUUUAGAAGACUUAGAAGCACUACCAUCCCUAUUAUCACUGUGCAUGAAAGCAUGGCAGUCAGAAGUUGGAAGAAACUGCCCAAAGUGGAGAACAUACCCAACAUUAGCAUUCAUAAUGCUGUGAUCUCUCCCAAUGUGAACUAUGUCUGCUGGAAAGUGCACAGAGACUGGGUCACUCAGCUGAAUUACUAUGACUCCAUCAAAGCUGGUCAUUUUCAAGCUGCAACCAUGAGUCCACCGCUCUUGGGUCAUUCCAUUGGUGCUGAAGGUCAGAGUGAGGUCACUGUCUAUAAGAUUCAGCCAGCAGUGAAUGAAACCCACAGUGUAGGCCCAGGAAUGUUUGGAAAUAAUCAAGGAUACAAACAAAGAAGAAAGAACUUGCUGCUGACAGGUGGAAUGGAUCGCAUAAUUCGUGUCUGGAAUCCUUAUUUGCCUGGAAAGCCAAUAGGUAUGCUGAAAAGUCACACAGCUCCACUGGUUUAUAUACAUGCCUCUGCUGAAGACAACAAAAUAUUCUCCAUGUCCACUGACAACAUGGUGAAGAUCUGGGACCUAGACACACACAGCUGCUUAUUUCUGCUUCCACCAAAGCCAGCAGGAUUACAGGCAGCAGGCCACACCUGCCUCUACCUUCCUCACCCCAGAGCCCUGUGUGUGGCCACCAAAGCUGUGGCACUUCUGCAUCUGAAACUGAGAUCUCCCCCGGAGCCUGACCAGAUGGUUUCCCACAGAGAGCCCGUGUUGUGCUGCCAGUACAACUCUGUCUUCCGGCAUGUUAUCAGCUGCUCAGAGGCAUCAGUGGUGAAAGUAUGGGACUUUGAAACAGGAAGAUUGUCCACCGAAUUUAUUGGGGCACAUGACAAUUCUGGAAUCACUUGUAUGGCUCUUGACUCCAGUGGAAGAAGGCUCAUUACAGGGGGCAGAGAUGGCCGUCUGAAAAUAUGGAGCUACAAUAAUGGGCACUGUCUUCACACCCUGGAACAUGAUGAAAAACACUGUGAAGUUUGUGACUGUGUUUACUUGGAGGUGAAUCAAAAUAAGUGCUUCAUAGCUGUUGGAUGGGACCGAAGAAUAAAUGUAUAUUUUGACCUGCCACGUGACUUUCAUCACUUCUGGAAGCCCCAGCCAUACUGGCAGGAUGACCUGAACCAAGGACAUAAGGAAGACAUCUUCUGUGUGACUCAUUGCCCACCAUGUCUUCUGGCCACUUCCAGUUAUGAUGGGGAGAUCAUCGUUUGGAAUGUUAACUCUGGCCACGUGUACUGUAAAUUGAAUACACCCAGCCUGUCUGAUGGUGCAGAAGAGGGAGAAGGUUCCGACAGGAGUGUAUCCUGCCUCAUAUUCUUAAAAACUCGGGUAACCACGGGUGACCGCACAGCCGGGGCUUCUCUGAUGGCCAAUGGACCUGGAGGUUCCCUCACCUUCUGGAGACUAUCCAAUGGCACCAGUGCCCUUGCAAACUUUACUCCUUCUAAAAGCAAGGCCCAAGUAAGCAGCAUCACAGUGUCAGCAGAAGAUGCAUUUACUUACGUGGCUGACCAAGAUGGAUUUGUGCAUGUCUAUGACAUUCAAGAGUAUGCCCUGUGGGGAGCUGAACUUCAGCCUCCCAAGAAUGUGACUUUCUGGCGGGCCCAUAUCAGCACAGUGACAAGUUUGGAGCUGGUAGAGGAGAAGUUUCUGUUGUCAGCAUCCCUGGACCACACUGUUCGCUUGUGGAGCAUCACUGGAGAGUACAUAGGAACCUUUGGGCAGAGUAACUCAUGGGAUAUUUUUACUCCUGACUCCUGGAGCCAUCCCAGAGUGCCCUGUGAAAUUUUGACAGCUCCCAAGAGCAAGCCUAUUGAGCCAGUGCUAGUAGAAGAUCCUCCUGUGUGCACUGGAAAAGAGAAUGGAGAAAAGAUAAUGCAGGGGAAAUCCAGGGCUACUUUUGAGAAGAUCUCUAACCUUCCAGAAGAUGCCACAGUCAUGGUGGAAGCUGAAAGGAAAGAAGAUCCAUACUCACACCACUUGCCCACAUCAUCUUACAGUGGCAGGACAACUAGCAGUAAGUCUGAGAACAGAGAAUGGAAACACAGAGAAAACGGCGAUGAGUGUACCAUCACUCACCCACAUUCACUCUGCAAGCGAACGCACCCACAUUAUGUGCAGGUGGAAGGCAGCCUCCUCAAACAGGUGCUGCUGGAAUGGAAUCGACCUUCCCCAAGAGCAUCUGAGCCCACAUGGCCCAGCAUUUACCAGACCCUCCAGUGCCAUGAACUCGCCUGUGUGUCCACGCUUCGAGAGAAACCAAAUUUAUCUGUAAUUGACUCAGAUGUGUUUAGUUUCAAUAUUCUGACACAGGAAAAAGAAGAAAGUGAAACUACUCGAACAGAGAGCUGA